AUGCCACUGCCGGAGCUCCCCGCCUACAAGGUCCUAUUCAUCAUCUUCGUCCUCUGGUGGCUGCUGCCGAGCAACGACUACCAGACACAGUCGGUUGCGCUAUCGGACCUCGUCGUCUCGCGGCUCUCGCACUACCGCGCAUGUCUCGAUGUGCUGAACACGACUCGCUGGGGGGACUUUGCGCCUUCGGGAACGGUUGGCAACGACGCCGAUAACGGCGACCAUGCGAGCCCGAGAUAUCUCAACUUGACGGGAUUUCGGGAGGAGGACAAGUUUUCCUGGCAGGAUCUGGGCCGGUUCCGCGAACGUGGUCUGCGGCUCAGUCACCAUGCCAUGCCGGCGGUUGGCGGCGAGCAGCUCUGGGAUGUGGGCGAAGGGGCGCCGGUCUGGGCCAACGCCUCCGGGGUUCUGCUUGGGCAGUGGGUGCGCCGCCAGGAGUCGCAGCCGAGGACAUACGACAGCUACAAUCUCAGCCAGAGCGUGCCGUCUAUGCACUGGUUUGGGGACAAGACCGAAUGGGGUCGUAACGUGACCGGCGGCACAGGCAGGAUCCAAGUGCGGCUGACGGGGAACGAGACGGUGGCUGCAUAUGAUCAGCUCCCCAAGACGGAUGCCCCUCUUUCUGGGGGCUUGGUCCGCAAUGUCAAGGCUGUGGUGACGGUGGAAGACACGGAGGGGACGGGGCUGAGCUGGGAAAUGGUUCUUUUCGGGGCUCACUGGCCACGACAGGGAGUCGUCCUCAUGACAACGACGAGCGAGAAGUUUGACGGCAUAUUUGGGCUCCCGCACCUGACCCCCGGGCCGGACUAUUUCCAGUCCAGCCAGCGGCUUCUGAACCAGUCUCUCGAGCAGACGGUAGCUGCAAAGGAGAAGAGCAUCUACUCCGACCAGAGCAUACCUUGGAAGUCCAACUUUGACAACCCUCUCCACACCCGGAGCCCCUCUCCGUCUUGCGAGUACAUCAUGUAUGUCCAGAUCCAUCCUCCCAGCAGACAGAGCCUGGGUCUCGGGCCCGCCGCUUCCGAGGGCGAGGACGUGGCAGAUAUGCUGCAAGCUAUCGAGUCGGAGCUGGAAUCACCCCUCGGAGCGCCCAUCAAGCAUAUCCCCAAACUCCAAAUGUCAGCGGUGCUUUACUCGCCAGACUGCAACAUCUUCAUGGAGACAGAGGGGCCGCCAGACUUUCCUGCGAGCGAAGCAGAUCACCUUGUCGGUGUGAAGACCGAGGUCCAAAUCAGCAGCAUCAACCAUUGGCUGCUGGCAUAUGCGGUGCUGGUGUUUGGCCAGGUCGUCUUGCUUAAGGGCCAGAUCAGGGAGACGUACACCCCGUCGACCUUGGCCAGAGCCAGCUUCUGGACCAUCAGCAUGAUGCUUAUUGCCGAUGGCAUGACGUUCACCGCGGCCGCGUCCUGGGUUGCCACGGCUCAUUAUACCUUUUUGCCAACCCUAACCCUCACUUUCGCGUCCUUUAUGUCAAUGACCAUAGGGGGCAGUCUACUGGCCAAGAUUUACGAAGUCCAAACACCAGCUCCUCGCGCUCGCCGAGACGGGGCCCAGGGCGCAGACGGUGCAAACAGCGGCUCCGCCACCAGUACGGCCUCUACAGCACCGCUCACUCCUGACGGCACUGGCACAGCACCGGCAGCCGUAACAACCACGGGACCGAUACUGCCCGGACCGGUCACAGCAGGGCGUGGCUUUGGCGACCCGGCCGUUGCCAAUCUGGAUGCCACCGCCAACAUCAUGGAUGGCGCUUCAGCCGUGCCUGGUGUAGCCAUCACAGCACCAGCCGCUGCGAGACUGGCUCCGCCGUCGACGCCGACGUUCCAAUCGCUUAUGGGCCGAUUUCUGCUCCUCGGCGCCCUCGUCAUGUUCAUCGGCGGCUCGUCCAUAGCGUGGUACAUGACGGUGCGCUCCUGGUUCCUCAACAUCUGCGCCUUUGUCUACCUGUCCAUGUGGAUCCCGCAGAUACACCGCAACAUCAUGCGCAACUGCCGCCGGGCUCUCAAGUGGCAGUUUGUCAUCGGCCAAUCCGCCCUCCGCCUGCUCCCGCUGGCCUACUUUUGGCUCAAGCCGGACAACUUCCUCCUGACGCGGACCGAGCCGCGGGCCUUUGCCAUGCUCGGUCUCUGGGUCUGGCUGCAGAUCUUCGUGCUUGCUGCGCAGGAUGCCGUCGGGCCGAGGUUUGGGAUUCCCAAAGGCUGGAUGCCUGACGCGUGGGACUAUCAUCCCGUCCUGCGGGAAGACAAUAUCGAGGCUGGAGGACUGCCCAUCGGGCUGGGGGUCGAAGACAGUCCGGCUCGGGAUCGCAGACGCAGCAGCAGCAGCGAGGACAAGGACAAAGUUCGGCCUCCUACCGGAGGCGGCAGCAGCACGCGGGCCAUUGACUGCGCCAUCUGCCGCGAGGUGCUCGAGGUGCCCUUUGUGAAGGCCGGGGAGGAAGACACGAGCGUGACGGGGGUGUUUGCCAGGAGGACGUACAUGGUGACGCCGUGCAGGCACAUUUUCCACACGCCUUGUUUGGAGAGCUGGAUGAAGUUUCGGCUGCAGUGCCCGAUAUGCAGGGAGGAAUUGCCUCCCAUCUAA